CCGCUCCAGAGAGGCGCGCCGCUCUGUCACUUCCUGCGGCGCGCUGGCGUCGUCUCCUCCUCCUCUUCUUCGUCUUGUUGGAUUCAUUGCCGGCGUCCCUCAGCCUCCGAGUCGCCCGCUUCUGUUGAAGGGACGGAGGCCUGAGGGGAGAAGCCGGGCCUGACGAAGCGGGCGACCACGGCCAGGGCCUCAGCAUCUUCUCCUCACGAAGGGCGCCUUCUUCUUCCUCCUCCUCCUCCUCAGAGAGAAGUGGGCCUCCUCCUUCUCCCUCCUCUGCGGUGAAAAGAAACGAUGCCCGUGAAGAAGAAGCGCAAAUCUUCGGGGCAGGCGGGCGACGAGGCGGGCCUCAAGAAAUGUAAAAUCACCAGCUACUGCAGGUCACAGGCGUCUAGUAAAGUGAUAAGUGGUGAGGAGCAUUUUUCAAGGAAGAAGUGCCUGGCGUGGUUUUAUGAAUACACAGGUGAGGAUGAAAUAGUUGGACCUGAGGGAAUGGAGAAAUUCUGUGAAGACAUUGGAGUCGAACCUGAAAAUAUUAUUAUGCUAGUUUUAGCCUGGAAACUGGAGGCUGAAAGCAUGGGAUUCUUUACAAAGGAAGAAUGGUUAAAGGGGAUGACCUCAUUACAAUGUGACUGUACAGAAAAACUGCAGAGUAAAUUUGAUUUUUUGCGGUCACAGCUGAAUGACAUUUCAACGUUUAAGAAUAUCUACAGAUAUGCAUUUGAUUUUGCAAGGGAUAAAGACCAGAGAAGUCUUGAUAUUGACACUGCAAAAUCUAUGUUAGCACUUCUACUUGGAAGAACGUGGCCAUUGUUUUCAGUAUUUUACCAAUACUUGGAGCAGUCAAAAUACAGAGUAAUUAACAAAGAUCAGUGGUACAAUGUGUUAGAAUUCAGCAGAACUGUCCAUGCAGAUCUUAGCAACUACGAUGAAGAUGGGGCAUGGCCUGUUCUUCUUGAUGAAUUUGUGGAAUGGCAAAAGGUUCGUCAAGCAUCAUAGCAAGAGCAGCUCUGAAGAAACUACUUGAUCUUGUGAUGCCUACGCUUACAAAAACUGAGUUAAAAUCAAGGGUUGCAUUUACAUCGUUAUGAACUUCGAUAAUUUUUUUCCUUUUAUUUUUAAAGGAAGUGUUGUUACACAUCAAAUGGGCAUUGAACCACAUCUCUUCUAAGACAGAAAAUUUGCGGAUUUUGUCUUAAGUUUCUAUCAUUUCAGAAUAAUAAAAAUUCAGAUUUGUAAAAGUCUUAAAAGUGAAGGAUAUCCCUUGAAUAUGAUGGUGGUACCUAGACACAAAAACCAAAACAUUGUGGAGCGCAUCAGAAGUACCACAUCUGAAUGGCUGAAUGAUAGAGUUGUAUUAGAAUUGUAGUAGUAUAUGAAUCCGGAAUUGUAGUUUUAAUGGAAUGAUUGUAUUUACGAAGACUGAUUAACAUUAAGCCUUGGCUGGUAUUCUAUUAAUACCUACCAUCAUUUGUGCCAUAGUUUGCAGCUUCAGGUGGAGGCUUGGCCUUAAUAUUAAUUUUGCUACACUUCCCAAUCAAUGUUUUAUUUUCUGGUAGAAUAUAAAAAUUGUCUACUCUUGAACUUUAAAAAGUGGCCUAAAUAUUAAAAGGGAAGUAAUUUUAGUGUUUGUAAUGUGUCCUAGACUGAGAACAUUUGAGUAUUAUCCCCCACUUCCUCUCCACAUUUGAGGAGCUGUUGUUUUUGUUUUUUUUAAAUGCCCCAAUUCCAGGUCCCUGCAUGUCAUCCUGGAACUAAAGAGGAGUCAUACUACUUUUACAUGAUCUGUUGCCAUAUAGCAAAAACAUGAAUUGGUGGAAAUGUUGCUAAAAGCAUUAAGAAUCAGGGCAGAUAUGAAAAGAGGAGGUGCUUAACAAUUGAUUUAUUUUGUUACUUUAGCAUCAUCAAAUAAUAAGUCUUACAACACACUAAAAAACCAACACGCUACUUUCAUAUGUCUUAAAUAUGACCAUACACAGGAUUAGCCAUAUAUAGAAGUUCUCAAAUCAACUUUGUGACAUGUGAAAAAAUUAAAUUUAGUUUAAAAAUGGCAGUGUUCAUGGCUGGAUGAAAAACUAAUCAUUCCAUUUGGUAUGUUGCUUCUUUUAAAACAUCCUUAAGUAAAUCCAUGUCAUCUUUAUGAUGUGAUCUUAUCUCCUGUUACUAUGUUAGAUAAAAAAAACAUGGUAGUAGCUUUUGCCUCAGGACAAUUAGAAAUGUGUUUUGCACACUAACCAGGUUUCGAUAGGACAAAAUAAUAUCUUCUCUGUUUUGUAUAUUUUGGAGGGAGGGUCCCAUUUUUCUCAUAUAGAGUCCUUAAGUAUCUGGUUUUCUUCUACAAUAGAAAAGGGCUAUUUCUUCCUCAGCUCCACUAACUAUUGAGAUGUUAUGGAUCAGGUCAGCUGUUCAGUUUCUUUUCAAGAAUCCUAUAGGAAUGACAUUUUGCUGUGGAAUUUUCAGCUCUUUCACAGCUCUGUACACGAAAAAUGCUAUUUAACAUUGUGGAGAGCAUUUCCACCAUUCUUGUGUGAUGCUCUUACUUAAUUACUUGUAUUAAUAAAUCUCUCAUUUCACUUUAGAAAGUUUCACGUAAUGUCUUCCUUAGCCUUAUUAGAAAAUAUUUGUUCUGUGAGCUUUUUCUGGGGAAUGGACAUAAAGCCAUGAAUGCUACAUUUUGGACAUUUUCCCAAGACUAUAGUCUUUGAGCAUAUUAAAACUGAGCUCAUAAAUGCUUUCAGAGGAUGUGGAGUUCUAGGCUGCAAGUUUGCGGCCAAAGAAAAACUUUGACCAAGAAGGAAACAGUUUUGUAAUUUGCAAGGUGCAGUAAAUUUGCAAGAUUGUGUACUCUGGCAGAAGGAAAUCCACAUCUAGCUGGGAAAUAUGUAGAUGACAAAAUGAUGUAGUAUUUCUAGAUGAGGAAUGAGGUGUUUUCAUGAAAAGAUUGAGUCCAUGUUAUUCUUUAGUGUUUGAAACCAAAAUAGUUGAAGUGAGCCUUGUUGGCAUAUCCCAGGCUUGCCUAUGAAUAGGCUGGCAUUCUUCCCAGAAAUGGACAAUGUUGUCCUUAAAAAUACUGUGGCCAUUAGUGGCUCUGUCACAGCUUGCACUGAGUUGGCCUUUGAUAAUGUAGUUUUUCCAGUUGAAUUAUUUCACAUACUCAGGCUCUGAUGUACACAGGAAGAUACCAGGUUGAAAACGGAGCUAGUGAUGGACCUUGUGGGUGCUGUAUGUAUUCCUUUUUUUGCCUGACCUCCAUUCAGUUUUUACUGUGGUGUGACCACAGCACCAUAUUUUUCUUCCAGUUACAUUAGCAGUAGUACACAUAACCAUUUGGGAGUAGAGAUCUAGUGAAAAUAGGACUCUCCUCUCAGUAUACAUACAUAUGAUUGAACAGUUAGGCAUCCAGAUUGGCAUCAGUCCUCACUCCCUACCUGUGCUUUUGGAAACCUUUCUCUCAGGUUUUUAAAAUUUCAUGUUACAAAUCAGGAAAAUCCAACUGUACCAGUAAUGUAGACUAACUAUUUUAUUUCAAGUUGCAAAUUCUGAUUUUAACUUAAGUAAUCAGUACAUUGUUGUGUCCACCAAUGCCAACGUGUUAAUGUGAAAGUAUCAGAUUGCCAUGUAUGACUUGUAUCUGAGGUUUUCUCACUAUUCUUAUAAUAAAACCAUAUUUCAGGGUUUUAA